AUGAAGCUCAGCCUGACUCUCUUCCUCAUCUUACUUGCUUUCCUGUCUCCAAUUCCUGACACGUCCAGCUGCCUCAGCUGGGUCGGGAACUGGGACAAAAAGCUGCUCCAUCCCGAGGAGCAGCAUCCCUUAGAGACCGAGUGCCAGCCCUCCAGCUGGCUCUCCUGGCUUGGUCUAACCACCUGCCCCACCAAGAUCGGGGAUGGCAACCAAAGGAACGUCCUUCACCAGGAGCACGGACCAACUGACACCAAGAGCCAGCCCUCCAACUGGCUCUGCUGGUUUUGCCGAAACAUCUGCUCCAACCAGAUGGAGGACGGGAACAAAAGGCAGGUCCUUCGCGAGAAGCAGAGCCCGGUUGAGAGCAAGGCCCGGCCCUCCAACUGGCUCUGCUGGUUCGGCCUAACCACCUGCCCCACAAAGAUGGAGGACCAGAAGAAACACCAGGUCCUUCAUGAGGAGCAGCGUCCGACUGAGUCCAAGAGCCAGCCCUCCAACUGGCUCUGCUGGUUCGGCCUAACCACCUGCCCCACCAAGAUUGCGGACGGGAAGAAAGACCAGGUCCUUCCCGAGGAGCAGAGCCUGUUUGAGUCCAAGAGCCAGCCCUCCAGCUGGCUCUGCAGGCUUGGACUGACAUCUUGCUCCCCCAAGACCGAGGACGGGAAGAAGAGCAAGGUCUUUCAUGAGGAGCAGAGCCUGUUUGAGUCCAAGAGCCAGCCCUCCAACUGGCUCUGCAGGCUUGGACUGACAUCUUGCUCCCCCAAGACUGAGGACGGGAAGAAGAGCAAGGUCUUUCAUGAGGAGCAGAGCCCCAUUGAGACCAAGCGCCAACCCUCCAACUGGCUCUGCUGGAUUGGACUAAACACCUGUCCUCAGAAUGGAGAGAAAAAAGUCGUGCCUCCUGAGAAGAGCCUGCCCGUUAAUGCUGAGCGCCGUGCCUCCCACUGGCCCUUCUGGAUUGGCCUUUCUCCACACCCCAGAUGGGUCCCGAACAGGGCCAGCGAGUCUGUUGAUCCAGAGGGCCCCGAGCAGCAGUCCCCGCACACCGAGCAAGACGCCUUCAGCGUGCCUGACAUCCUCAACAACUACAAGGACUUAAUAACGCCAUUCCUGAUAAUCUGCGUCAUGCUCGAUUUAUGGGGAAACUGCUAUCUGUUCCGGCUGCUGUGGGUUGCCUACCAGCUCUGGAGAGAUAUGUGAAGACAUCAGGCACAGGUAAGCGCUCGGGAUUCAUACUGCACAGAAGGGACUGAGGGUGGGGAGCGGGGAACCGCAAAGGUCUGGUCUGUGAGGGCUUCCAAGCAAAGCAGACCUCCAGAGGUCCAGCAGCUCUCCCCAGAGACUUGCCCGGCCCUAGGGCUGACAG